AAUUGCAGGUGAUUGGUCGCUUGGUCAGAGCUCUGAUCUUCAGAAAAAGACAAGUCCUCAGGGGGCGAAACUAAAAAGGCAGAGGUCCGAGGACACCAGAGCAGAGAGAAGGCUUUGCAAUUCCCACAAAAUCACGGCUAUAUAAAAGGAGACGCGCCAAGAGCGCACCCCACCUCUUCGUCUUCCUCCCAUCCCCCGUCGAAAGUUCCGCCAUUGCCGUCGCUCGAUUAUUGCCCUCCAUAACUCGGAGCCCCAAGGCAACACUCCCGGCGCCAGGCAACUGUCCUGCUGAGAAAAUGGAAGCGGCUGGUGGCUAAUUGUCAUCAGCCUCAUAUGGCCAUCGAUAUUGGGGCUAUGUAUGGGGGAGGGACCUGCUGCAACAUCAGUAAUAAGGAGACCAAGGCUGCGUAUUCAACUAGAACAAACCACUCCAAGGCCUUUCACUAUCGGAUAGCAUUUGAUAUGGCAAAAAUAACAAAGUCAGAUAAAUACAAGUUGAAGAACCUCAUUUCAGUGCCAUUCAGACCAGUGUCCCUUACAGUUCCCAUUGGUGAUGGAUAUCAUGAAUUUUCUGUUUGCAACAUCACCACACAUAGCAAAUAAGCAACGCAGACAAACGCGGUAAUCAUCUCAAUUGUUCCUUGUUAACAGGGAAGCAAGCAUUGGCUAGGCAGUAAGCACUUGGUGAUACAUUGACGAUGCUUGCACUUGUUUCACCAAGUGAACCUUCUGUUCAAUCACAGGCGUACCUCAGUGCUAGAAUGCAGCUCAAGUUUUCAGCUGAGCAAAAGCCCUCCUCCAGGAUGAUCAUCAAAGAGCAGAGUGACUCAUACAGCGUGCUGAUACCUGGUUUGCCUGAAGAUCUGGCAAAGAUAUGUCUUGCUCUUGUCCCUCGGAGCUAUUUCCCUGUCAUGGGUUCUGUGUCAAAGAGUUGGAUGACAUUCAUCGGGAGCAAGGAGUUCAUCGCUGUUCGAAAGGAGGUCGGGAAGCUCGAGGAGUGGAUUUAUGUCCUUACCGCUGGAGCAGGCGGUCAUGGAAGCCGUUGGGAGGUGCUGGGGAGCUUGGAUCAGAAGAAGAGGAUACUUCCUCCUAUGCCUGGACCAAACAAAGCUGGCUUUGGUGUGGUUGUUCUUGAUGGAAACCUUUUCGUCAUGGCUGGCUAUGCUGCUGACCAUGGAAAAGAAUUCGUUUCUGAUGAGGUGUACAGCUAUGAUGCUUGUCUGAACAGGUGGACUGCACUCGCCAAGAUGAACGUUGCACGACGCGACUUCGCCUGCGCAGAGGUCAAUGGUGUAAUAUAUGUGGCUGGUGGAUUUGGACCUGAUGGUGAUAGCCUGAGCAGCGUUGAAGCAUACAAUCCACAGAAGAACAAAUGGAUACUGAUCCAGAGUCUCCGCAGGUCGAGGUGGGGAUGCUUUGCUUGUGGGUUCAAUGACAAGUUGUACGUCAUGGGUGGCCGUUCAAGCUUCACAAUUGGCAAUUCCCGCUCUGUCGACGUGUAUGAUCCUGAUCGCCGCUCUUGGGAUGAGAUCAAGAGAGGCUGUGUAAUGGUCACCUCUCAUGCUGUCCUUGACAAGAGGCUGUUCUGUAUUGAAUGGAAGAACCAGCGGUCACUUGCAACAUUUAACCCGGCAGACAACUCUUGGCAGAGGAUCCCGGUGCCGCUUACUGGCAGUUCCAGCACUCGAUUCUGCCUUGGGGUGCUCGGCAAGAAGGUCCUGCUAUUUUCACUGGAGGAAGAACCUGGGUACCAGACACUGAUGUAUGACCCAGCAGCGCCAACAGAAUGUGAGUGGCAGACGUCUAAGCUCAAGCCUUCAGGGUCAUGUAUAUGCAGUGUGACCAUUGAAGUCUGAUGGUAUGGCUAUGUCGAAAUGGCACCAUUGUAUUCUACAGCUUCUUUGUUCUUCAGAUGAUGAAUAUUGGUGAUCAUAGUUGUAUACCUGUAAACUACCUACUUCAGGGUGUUUUGACUUUUAUAUUUCCCUCUUCGCUUUAGUCAAUUGGCAGAGUUACCGACAAAGGAAAGCUUGUAAUUUGAUCCGAUUGUGAUUUUGUAAGUAAUGUCUAUGUUGCAGAUAUGCCAAAUUAUUUUAGUAGUUCCUUAAUAACAGCAGAGUCUGUUGUCCAUUCAUCUGUGUAUGAACUACUUCUAGUGAAAAGCACUUCAAUGUGCCUUA